GGACGCCCAGGGCUUGGAGGAGGCGGCAGGAGGGAGCGGGGCGGCCAUUUUGUCUUCCUCCGAGAGGCCGCUGGAAAGCCUGCGGCUGGUCCCUGCUUCUCGCCUUUCUCUCGUUCGGUAGCGCCACUGCGAUGGGCCGGAAGAAGAAGAAGCAGCUGAAGCCCUGGUGUUGGUAUUGCAACAGGGAUUUUGAUGAUGAAAAAAUCCUUAUACAGCAUCAAAAAGCAAAGCACUUUAAAUGCCAUAUAUGUCAUAAGAAACUGUAUACAGGACCUGGUUUAGCUAUACAUUGUAUGCAGGUACAUAAAGAAACAAUAGAUGCUGUUCCAAAUGCUAUUCCUGGAAGAACAGACAUUGAACUGGAAAUCUAUGGUAUGGAGGGCAUUCCAGAAAAAGACAUGGAUGAAAGGAGAAGGUUACUUGAACAAAAAACUCAGGCAGAGAGCCAGAAGAAGAAACAACAAGAUGAUUCUGAUGAGUAUGAUGAUGAUGAAUCUACAGCUUCAACCUCAUUUCAGCCACAACCAGUACAACCACAACAGGGAUACAUGCCCCCAAUGGCACAACCGGGAUUGCCUCCUGUGCCAGGUGCACCAGGAAUACCCCCAGGUAUACCACCCUUGAUGGCAGGUGUUCCACCAAUGAUGCCAGGAAUGCCUCCAGUUAUGCCAGGAAUGCCACCUGGAUUACAUCAACAGAGAAAGUACAUGCAGUCAUUUUGCGGUGAAAACAUGAUGAUGCCAAUGGGUGGAAUGAUGCCUCCUGGGCCAGGAAUACCACCUCUUAUGCCUGGUAUGCCACCAGGUAGGUCAGUGAUGUCGAACUCAUACUGUGGUAUGCCACCUCCUGUUGGUCCUCGCCCUGGUAUGCCUCCCAUGACACAAGCACAGCCUGUGACAGCACCAGGCAUUCUUAAUAGACCUCCAGCUCCUGCUGUAGCAGCACCCUCCCCACAGCCUCCAGUUACGAAACCACUUUUCCCCAGUGCAGGACAGAUGGGGACACCUGUCACAAGUUCAAGUACAGCUUCAUCCAAUUCAGAAAAUCUGUCAGCAUCUUCUAAAGCUCUGUUUCCUAGCACAGCACAAGCUCAGGCAGCUGUUCCAGGACCAGUGGGUACUGAUUUCAAACCUUUGAAUAAUACACCUGCAACAACCACAGAGCCGCCCAAACCUACAUUCCCUGCUUAUACACAGUCUACAGCUUCAACCACUAGCACAACAAACAGUACUGCAGCUAAACCAGCUACAUCUAUAACAAGUAAGCCUGCUACCCUUACAACAACCAGUGCAACCAGUAAGUUGAUCCAUCCAGAUGAGGAUAUAUCACUGGAAGAGAGAAGGGCACAGUUGCCCAAAUAUCAACGUAAUCUCCCUCGACAAGGACAAGUAUCAAUGGGCAAUCCAUCAGUUGGAUCACUUGGAGGUAUGAUGCCACCACAACCUGGAAUUCCUCCACAGCAGCAGGGAAUGAGACCUCCUAUGCCUCCUCAUGGUCAGUAUGGUGCUCAUCACCAAGGCAUGCCAGGAUAUCUUCCUGGAGGGAUGCCUCCAUAUGGUCAGGGACCUCCAAUGGUGCCCCCUUACCAAGGUGGACCUCCUCGACCUCCAAUGGGAAUGAGACCUCCUGUAAUGUCGCAAGGUGGCCGCUACUGAUGCUACUACACACAGUCUAAUAGGUUUGGAGAUUAAACCUUUUCUCAUCUUGUGCUGUUAAUAUAGCCAAGCUUCCGUCAGUUAAGGCUUCAUUGUGACUUUAAAAAAAGUAUCUUCCCACAUGCAAGGAACUAUUGGACAUUCUUAUUUUACAUGGGAAAAAUUUAUUUGGAAUAAUAAAACAGGAACUUUUCCUGAUGUUGCAAUUUAUACUGUAUGGCUUCUUUUUCAUGUUUCAUCUAGGUUUUUAGAAGUGAAGUAUAGUAAAUAUGGUUCGUUAAAUUGUGAAGGCGCUGGAAUUACAUGAACAUACCAUCUUAAAGGCAAGUUCUGUAACAUUAUGUUGCUAUUUGUAAAGUGAUGCCUUCACAGCACUUCAGGUGCUGUUGGACUUCACGUCCCCAACUUAGCUUGGUGAGGGCUGUAACUAUUCCCAACUACCUGUACAUUUAGAAGUCUGAACAUGUAACAAUAUUUAAUGUAUUUAGCUUUCCUCCUGUUGCAGGGUUUAAGUAAACUGACCCAAUAAGGUCGUGUGACUUUUCUGUACUGUUAUAAACUUCAUUGUAAUAAAACAAGACAAAAAUUUAUAUGCCUUUUUAUUCAUGACCAGCUGUGGACAACUGCCUGCAAGGUUUGUACAGAUGCAUGCCACAGUAGUUAUUGGUGUAAUAAACGCAUAUUUACUGCUGCUGUUUUGAUAUACUCUAAUUCUUGUUUGAACUUUGUCACUUAGCUGCAUGUUGUAGUCUCCUAGGCAAGUAGACAUAGACCUGUACACUUAUUAACUAACUUUAAAAAAAAAAAAAAAAAGAUUAAUAGGAAUGAGGUUACAGGGUACAUCUCACCUAUCAUUUAUAAUUUGUUUAAAAUGGUGCAGGUUUCUUUAAUACACCUUUCUUCUUGUCUGCAAUAAAUCUUAGAUGACUUGUAACAUUGGCACUUUCACAUGUUAGCAAGAUGUAAUUGUGACCCCUGGCUGAUGUAAAUCCUAGUGCCAGAUGCAUCCUGUUAGUUCUUUCUUCAGAUAACUUUCUUGGAUGUGUGACUGCAUCAAUGCAUGAACCUCAGGAGCCAUUCAGGAGAAAACUUCUAGAAGCUUAGGUGCAUGACACACAGUGAGUGACUUUAUUGCUACUGUAUUGAAAGUGACCUGCAAAAAGGAAAAAUAGGCCUUUGCUCUUGUUUUGCCUCUAUGAUGUGCAAAGGCAGCUCACAAGUAUUGGAUUUUGUUUUCUGCUUUUACCAUAAAUAUCAGGAAUUUCAAAUCUGAUUGUCUCGUGGUGGUGGUGGUUGGACAUAAGAUGACUCGUGGCUUUAAGUGCCUGGGGUGUUGAACCUUUGAGACUCUUCUCCCAGCUGUCUUAAUUACUUAGUUAACAAAUCAGAAUUUUGAAUCUAAAUUAGUCUUACCCUCUUACUCGGGUUAAUUUCCUUGGUAUGACAUAUAUCUUGCUGCUUUAGUUGACUAGUCUUCCAGUGUUGGGGAGCUAAAUUUCUAAAGGAAAAAUACAAACAUGGGGAGAACACUUUUUGUGAAGAGAGGGCUUCCAGGUGUGUUAAACAUCAAGAAGCAGAAAAUGGCAAAUGUUGCUUUCCUUUGCAGAUCAACUUUAAAUCCAAGUUCCAGCCAUAAAUUAUAUUUUAUCUGUGCCACUUGUUUUGUGGUGAUACUCUUUUCCCUUUUUUUUUCCAUCGCAGAGCGUGGCAAGCUUUACCACUAAUUUGGUCAUCACUGUAGUAGGUUUUCCUGUUUUUUUUUUGUUUGUUUGUUUGUUUUUCUGACACGAAGUAUUGUGGCUUAGUCUUAUUUUUAAAAGAGAGAUCUUUGUUUUUUUACAGUUGUGGUUUGUACCAGGAACUUCACAUUGCUUUACUUUCAUGUUCCAUCUUUUCAGUCUGCAAAUGUUUAAAUUAAAGCUAUCCAGGAUAUUAUGCUGUCUUCCAGUAGAGUGUGUGGCCACAUGGAACUCAUUAUAUAGUGUCUCGGGUUCUUUGACAUCUUAAUUUCUAGUUAUAUGACCUUAGUUUAACAACUUAGAAAUUUAUCUGGCAAAUCUCCAGAAACUUGUAUUAAUCUUAAGCAAGAUCCAUAGCUCUCCAGAUGUCAUAAAGCAGCAUUUUCCUAGGCACUAGACACCAUUUACCUGCUGUCCACCUGUCAGCUAACAUGUAGAAUAAAUGAGCAGACUCAUUCAGUAAUUUGCUUGGAAAUGUAUUAUGAAUGGGCCUUGAGUUUUCAGGGUCCCGCUCCAGUUCUUCGCACUUUUCCAUUUUUCUGCGAUCGUAAUUUAAUAUGUCCAUUGUUGUACUCCAAAUGGAAGCUGGUUGUCUUCUGUAUUCCUUUCUUCUGAUCCCAAGGAUAAUUCAAAAAAUAAACAUUAAAGCUAGCCUAACGCAUUUGACUUUUUUUAUAUCCCACCUAAAAACAUUUAUGUCGAUAGAUUGGUUUUGUAUUCUGCCUGUAAAAACUGUGGAACUUCUGGCUUUUUCUCAAGCUCUUAUGAUGAUCUAAGGAUAUCUCUCCUCAUUCCCCCCACAACAAAUCCCAUUUUCUUACCUACUGUAGUUCUUUAAUCCAACUUUUUAAAAACUUUAUUUUCUGGUCUAUACCACCCACCUCCUUUUUCAGGGAUGAGUAGUCAAAAACAAACAAACAACCC